AUGAGAGUUAUGAAUAUCAGUAUUGGCAGUACGCCCAAAAUAUUAAAAUCAGUGAGGUAUUCUCUAGCCUUCGUUACUUCUGUAUUUUUGAUACAAGGCUUAAUUCUACUUAUGCUUGGAGUCACAUAUUUUAUAAAGCAUAAAAUUUACGAAGAAUUAACUACGAACGUUUUCAUCAGCUUACCUGAAUUUUUAAUCGCAUCCGGAGUGCUUAUUUUUGUUAUAGCUAUUCUGGGAUAUUAUGGCGCGAUGUCUGAAAAUUUCUACGUUGUCGCUGGUUUUGCAGCUUUUAUGGUCAUCAUAUUUAUAUUUGAAAUGACCAUAACAAUAAUGGCAUUCGGACUACGAAAUGAUGCUUCUAACGCAAUAAGAGCCCCGAUGGUGCAAAGCCUCAACUUAUAUGGGACUAAAAAGGAUAUUGCUAGAUUGUGGGAUGAUUUGCAAAUGGGGUUCGAAUGCUGUGGUGUUUCUGGUCGCCACGACUGGGUUUCCAACCGAAUUCCGGUCAGCUGUUGCCAUAUAGAUUAUGGCACGGUUUCACCAUUCGAGUGCACCUUGAGCAACGCCUACCCCACGGGCUGUGCUUCCUCCCUGGGCAGCUGGUUUAGCAGCAACGCGCAUAUUAUCGGCAUUUUUGCGGCAGUUUUCACGAGUAUUCAGGCACUCCUAACAGCGAUGUCUGGGUGGUUAGCGUGGCGAACACGGUAUGAGGAGAUUGAAUUAGAGUCUUAA